AUGCUAGGCCGCACUGGGAGCCAGGCUGUGUUGGCCAUGUUAGGCCGCACUGGGAGCCAGGCUAUGUUGGCCAUGUUAGGCCGCACUGGGAGCCAGGCUGUGUUGGCCAUGUUAGGCCGCACUGGGAGCCAGGCUGUGUUGGUCAUGCUAGGCCGCACUGAGAGCCAGGCUGUGUCGGCCAUGUUAGGCCGCACUGGUAGCCAGGCUGUGUUGGUCAUGCUAGGCCGCACUGAGAGCCAGGCUGUGUUGGCCAUGUUAGGCUGCACUGGGAGCCAGGCUGUGUUGGUCAUGCUAGGCCGCACUGAGAGCCAGGCUGUGUUGGUCAUGCUAGGCCGCACUGGUAGCCAGGCUGUGUUGGUCAUGCUAGGCCGCACUGAGAGCCAGGCUGUGUCGGCCAUGCUAGGCCGUGCCGGAUGUCAGACGGCCAUCACUCACCUCGGUCUAUCUCUCUCCCACCUCCAGGAGGCGGCAGAAUCGAGGGCCGAGGAGGCGCGAGGGGUGGAGGCGGAGCUGAGGCGCAGGCUGGAGGCGGAGGAGGCAAGAUGUCAGGAGUUACGCGGUCAGUUGGAGAGACAGGCUCAGGAGCUGCGCGAGGUCCGGCAGAGGGCGGACGUUGACGCAGAGCGAGCAAGCGCCCUCGAGGGAGAGCGGGGUCUGGUCCAGGAACGUCUCCGAAGCCUGCAGCGAGCGGUCGCUCAGUGCGAGACCGAGAAGGCGGAGUCCGAGCGAGCAGCCCUCCGGCUCGAGAGGGACCGAAUGGCCACCAGGAGGGGCCUGGAAAAGGCUGAGGCACAGAGAGUGAAGAUGGAGACCGUGCUCCGACAGGUCACCGAGGAGAGAGACCGACUGAUUCAGAGCGUGUCAGUGACGGAGAGGGAGCUACACCAGAGCAGGAGGGAGCGACAG